CACGCUGAGAAUGUGGGUUCCCGCCUAGCGGUAACAACGCCUGGUACCCUGUGCAUCCCUAGGGGACCUACUGGCCUCCGAGGACUCGGGAGGGGCAGGGGGCGGGCUCGGAGGCGCGGCUCAGCGCAGGGGCGGAGGCUGUGCGCGAGAGGCCGGUCACCCCGCCCGCCUCGCGUCCCCCAGCUCCUGUGCGGCUGCGGCAGGGGGACAUCCCUGAGGGGGUCCCGCCCCCCGCCCCAGCCCCUCGCCCCCCGCUUCCACGUGAGCGUCAGAUCAGCCCGCAUCCCUCUGGUUGCCCAGCCAGUACCGGCUCUGUGCCGGUGCCUUGGUAGUCCUGUCCCCAACGCAGAUUCAGCGCGGGUCACUGGCGGGUCCCAGCGGACCCGGCCUGCGCUUCCAAGGGUUCUGGCUUCUGCAUCCGGGCGCAGCGACGAGGCGCGGGCAAGGCGGCCCCGCUGACCCGAGGCUGAGACACGAUGAGCAGCCACGGCAACAGUCUGUUCCUGAGGGAGAGCGGCCAGCGCCUGGGUGGCGUGGGCUGUCUGCAGAGCUUCCAGGACAGUCUGCAGCAGAGAGCUCUGCGCACGCGCCUGCGUCUGCAGACCAUGACCAGAGAGCACGUGCGGCGCUUCCUGCGCAGGAAUGCCUUCAUCUUGCUCACAGUUAGCGCUGUGAUCAUUGGAGUCAGCCUGGCAUUUGCUUUGCGCCCAUAUCAGCUCUCCUACCGCCAGAUAAAGUACUUCUCUUUUCCUGGUGAGCUGCUCAUGAGGAUGCUGCAGAUGCUGGUACUCCCCCUCAUCGUCUCCAGCCUUGUCACAGGUAUGGCAUCCCUGGACAACAAGGCAACAGGGCGGAUGGGAAUGCGGGCAGCUGUGUACUACAUGGUGACCACAGUCAUUGCGGUUUUCAUCGGGAUCCUAAUGGUCACCAUCAUCCAUCCUGGCAAGGGCUCCAAGGAGGGUCUGCACCGUGAGGGCCGAAUUGAGACUGUCCCAACAGCUGAUGCUUUCAUGGACCUGGUCAGAAAUAUGUUUCCACCUAACCUUGUGGAGGCCUGCUUUAAACAGUUUAAGACGCAGUACAGCACACGAAUGGUAACAAGGACGAUUGUAAGGACAGAGAAUGGGUCAGAGCUGGGGGCCUCCAUGUCUCCCCCAUCCUCAGUAGAGAAUGAAACCAGCAUCCUGGAGAAUGUCACCCGGGCCUUGGGCACCCUGCAGGAGGUGAUAAGCUUUGAGGAGACUGUGCCUGUGCCUGGCUCGGCCAAUGGCAUCAAUGCCUUGGGCCUUGUGGUCUUCUCUGUGGCCUUUGGGCUGGUCAUUGGUGGCAUGAAGCACAAAGGCCGUGUCCUGAGGGACUUCUUCGACAGCCUCAAUGAGGCUAUUAUGAGGCUGGUGGGCAUUAUCAUCUGGUAUGCACCAGUGGGCAUCCUGUUCCUGAUUGCUGGGAAGAUUCUAGAAAUGGAAGACAUGGCUGUCCUUGGAGGUCAGCUGGGCAUGUAUACUCUGACUGUCAUCGUUGGCUUGUUCCUCCAUGCUGGUGGUGUGUUGCCCCUCAUCUACUUCCUCGUCACCCAUCGGAACCCUUUCCCAUUCAUUGGGGGCAUGCUACAGGCCCUCAUCACAGCCAUGGGUACCUCUUCCAGCUCUGCAACCCUGCCUAUCACUUUCCGCUGCCUGGAGGAGGGCCUGGGCGUGGAUCGCCGCAUCACCAGGUUUGUGCUGCCUGUGGGGGCCACUGUCAACAUGGAUGGCACAGCACUCUAUGAGGCCUUGGCAGCCAUCUUUAUUGCUCAAGUCAACAACUAUGAGCUCAAUCUGGGCCAGAUCACCACAAUCAGCAUCACAGCCACAGCUGCCAGUGUUGGAGCAGCUGGCAUCCCCCAGGCAGGAUUGGUCACUAUGGUGAUUGUGCUCACAUCCGUCGGUCUGCCCACAGAGGAUAUUACGCUGAUCAUAGCUGUGGAUUGGUUCCUUGACCGGCUUCGUACGAUGACCAAUGUCCUGGGAGACUCAAUUGGAGCGGCUGUCAUUGAGCAUUUGUCCCAACGGGAGCUGGAGCUGCAGGAGGCUGAGCUGACCCUUCCCAGCCUGGGGAAGCCCUAUAAGUCACUCAUGGCACAAGAAAAGGGGGCAUCAAGGGGUCGGGGAGGUAAUGAGAGUGUCAUGUGAGAAGCUUCCAGCUCUCUGCCUAGGGAGGAGGGAAGGGACUGGGAGGGGAGUCCUGGGGACAAUUUGUUGCCCAACUGACUGUGGGCUGAGCAUACAUAUUCUGUAUGGAUUCUCUGGGAACUGCUGAGAUAAAAGAGAAAGAACAAAAGGUUUCUAAGGUAUAUCCAUCACUGUUUUGUGCUCCAAAUACAAGAACAACCUAAGGGAGGAAAGAUUUAUUUUGGCUAUGGUUAUAAAGGGCUUAGUUCACCAUAGUGGGAAGGCAUGGUGGAGAAGAGCAACUCACUUCACGGUGGUCAGCAAGCAGAGACGAGAGAAAUGGGAAGUAACCAGGGAAGGACACAGCUCUUCCAGACACACCCUACAUCAAUGAUACCCUGUCUCCUACUUCUCACCACUCCAGCACAGCCGUCAUAUCAUGGAACCAUCAAGAGACUGAUCCACUCAUUAGGCCAUUAGUCCAGAGCCUUCACAAUGCAUUCCUCUCUGGAGAUGUCCUCACAGACACACAGAGGUGUGUGCUUUAUGAAUUUUCUAAGCACUGGUUUCAGUCCAGCCCAGCUGACUAAGACAGUCCGUUAUCACAAAGGUCCCUGUUCAUUUCUGAG